GUGCCGGCCCCCCGCCCCCAGACGUCACCGUCCUUCCAGCAUGAGCCAGGCUGGCCCAGCUCACUGAUCCCGACUUGUGCCCACCUCAGCCGGACUGGCCCGGGCUCCUGGCCAGGCUAGAACCGCUCUCCCGGCCGUCAUGCCGGCUGGUGCUGGGGAUGGCCCUGCUGCUGGGGGCGGGCGGCCUCUACCUCUGGUACCGGCGGAGGAAGAAGAGAAGACAGAAGGGCGGCAAGGCGGCCCAGGCCGGCAACGCCUCCUCUCCCCCGGAGAAGAAGCCCGACCCCUGGAUCAAAUCCCACUUCAGCCGCAUUUCCGACGAGAGGUUGUUUAAGGGGUUCCCGGAGAGCGGGGAGGCGGGGGCCCUCAGGCCCGGGGAGAGAGACAGAGGCGGGCCGCCCAAGGGGAUGAACACCACGGUCCACGUGACAUCGUACACCAGCAGGCGAGGGGAGAGCGCCACGUUGCACAGGGAAUCGUACGUCACCCAUCCCUCUGGGUCCAGGGGAGCUGAGGUGGGGAAUCCGGCGGCGGAGGAGGCGUGGGCAGUGGUCACCGCCUGCACCCGGGAACUAGACGCCAAGGGCCAGCACCUGGCUGAGGUCAUGAUGCAGCGGGCCACGUCGUACCAAUACUCCGGCCACGUGGAGGCCACCGACAUGAAGAAGGAGGAACUUGACGCCCUGGACGGGGUGGAGCUAAAGCUGAAGGGAAAUUUUCUGGAGCAGCGAGGCGGCGCCGUGGCCGGGAACAAACGCGUCGUCCACCGUGGGCCGGGACACCACAGCUCGGUCUAGUCGUUCCCUCACAUCCCCAACAGGCCUCCUCUGCUCCGCUCCCGGGGGUCUGCCUUGUCCUGCCGCUAUUCCCUUUCUCCAGGCCCAAGGGAGUUCCUGGGCAUUCCUCUCCAGACAGAGACCAUCCACAGAGACGUCAACCCCGGCUCGCCCAACGAAACCCUCGGACCCCGAGCCCUUGGUGGGAUCUACCAUGAACUGUGCCAGGAUUGUUGUCUGAUCCGGGAAUUGGGGCCUCCGGAGAAGAGGGAGACACUGACUCAUUGUCCUUGGUGGCCAACGGGAAGCCAGAAAGGCCUGGACUGGAAGAAAAUGGCGAGCCGGUCUCUCGGAAGUGGAGUGGAGAGUCAGGGCGUCCCCCGAGAUGUGUAACAACACAGAGACCCAGGCGGGAGCCGUGGGACGAGGGUGAAAUGAAGUGACUGGGAGUGGGCCAAUAAAAUGCCGGUAGUCAGG